AUGAUGGUAAGGGAUGCUGGAUGGUGGGGGAAGGUUUACUACCCACACAAGCAUCGGAUCGCCAUGUCAGUUGAGAUUCCAAGUACUAUGAAGGCUGUUGUAAUUGAGGGGAAGAGACCCGUUCUGAAGGAGAACGUGGCCCUUCCUGAGUUGGAGGACGGGUUCGUGCUGUUGAAGACACGGGCCGUUGCAGGGAACCCUACGGACUGGAAGCACAUUGAGUACGGGAUUGGCCCACAGGGUGCGAUCCUUGGGUGUGACGUUGCUGGGGACAUCGUGAAGCUGGGUCCCAACGUCGACCCUGCGCAGUUCCACAUCGGCGACACGCUGUACGGGUUCGUGCACGGUGCGUCCGUGCGGUUCCCCACGAACGGUGCAUUCGCAGAGUACGUUGCCAUCUCGUCGAAGAUCGCGUACAGGACCCCCAAACAGGGUUUGCCCGCGAGCGGCGCCGACUCUUUACCAGAGGGUGCAGUGACGACCCUCGAGGGUGCAGCGACGUUGCCCGUCUCUUUGACGACCGCUGGGAUCGUACUAUACCACAACUUCGGCGUAAAGUUAGAGUGGGAGCCCGCCACGGCACAGCGGGACGAGACUAUCUUGCUGUGGGGGGGUGCUACCGCCGUGGGGCAACCACUGAUCCAGCUGUGCAAGAAGCUACACGCGUUCAACCGGAUCGUGGUCGUUGCGUCGCGCCACCACGAGGCUCAAUUGCGCCAGUACGGUGCUGACGAGUUGUUCGACUACCAUGACGCGGAUGUGGUCGACCAGAUCCGUGCAAAGCACCCAAACCUGCGCCACUUGGUUGACUGUGUCUCCAACAAGGGGACGACGAACCAGGUGUACCGGUGCGCCUCGCACAGCGACCCAGCGACAGUCCUGCAACUGACCACGACGACCAUCGCGGACAUCGCCCCAGAACACAAACGGGACAACGUUGCCGUCGUUGGGAUGCUGCUCUACAUGGCAUCCGGUGUCGAGGUGCCGUUCGGCCCCAUGACACUGCCAGCAGACCCGGUUUUCGCAAGACACGCAGUCGAGUUCAUCCGGUUCAUCAACGGCAAGAUCAAUAACGGCGAGAUCCACCACAUCCCGGUCAAAGUCUACAAGGGCGGGCUCGCUGCCGUACCUCAAUUGACGGAGGACAUCAAAGAGGGCAGGAACUCUGGUCAGAAACUCGUCGCAGUGUUGUAG